AGAGAGAGAGAGAGAGAGAAAGUCAGCGAAUGAGAGAAACCGUCAGAGCGGCGUUCUCGCGGUACCUAGACGAGAUAUCGCGACCGCUUCGCCGAAGACUACCCUGAUCCUCUUCUCCUCCUUCAGGCAGGAACCGGUGGGACAGAGAGAACGAGAGAGACGGGAGGACGGCGAAGGGAAGUGAGAAAGGGAAAGAGAGAGGGACAAUCGCGCGCGAUGGGUCAGCUCACCGACGACGAUGCCCGGGGUGGUAAAUGGUACCUGCCGCAGCCGAGUCGGGUAGCCCAAUAGAGUCAAGGAGUCGGCUCUGCGGCGGCGUUGGUAGCGGUGGUGGCGGCAGCGGUGGUGGUGGCGACGGAGACGACGGCAGCGUACGGGGCUCUUCUCGUGCGGCGAGCUCUCAGCACGAGGAAACGUUAGAUUAUUUCGGCGGCAACGGCGCUAAAUGCUCGAUACGCAUGGUGUGUGACGAAUCGGAAGCGACUACCCUGAAUCAAUGUAGCAGUCGAAUAUUAAGCAAUCCAGCCUCGCGUGUGCGGCCCAGAAGGAAGAGCUAGAGACGAUUGAGAUACACGCGCCAUAACCGCGGGAAGGAAUCGCGAGAGAAGCAUCCCCCGAAAGUGCCGAUGGACGCCACAUAUUGAGAGAUCGAGAGAGAAAAAGAAGAAUCGACUGAGACUCGUGUGACGUUGAUUCCGCCAAGUUACAAGAGUUAGAGAUAGACACGCGGUGAUUCGCGAAGAAUUCGUUUAACGAGAUGUUACCCGUGAGCAAGAUGCAUCGAUUCAAAGUGUCGGCGCCCGCCAAGGUGAUCCUGUUCGGUGAGCACGCGGUGGUGUACGAGAAAUUCGCCUUGGCGGCCAGCUUGGACCAGCGUGUGAUGCUCGAGUUCACCGAAGUGCCCGACGAGCCGGCGGAGCGGAUGGUUGAAAUCUCGCUGCCGAAGGUCGACCUGUGUCUGAGCGUGCCGCUGCAGAAGAUCAAGGACUUCUUCUUCAGCUUUAGUUUCGACUACCGCAGCGGGGACCACAAUCUGCUGUACGACAAGGUGCGGCAAUUCGUCGCCACGAUCGACCGUGCCACCACGUCUCGGCAAACGUUGAGCCUGGAAGUGUUCUUUUACGCGCUCGUUCUCGUCUCCUACGAGGAACAGGUCGUCCUGAAACCCUUCCGCAUACACUUGGACACGUGCCUGUCGAUCAAUUCAGGUCUCGGCAGUUCGGCGUCGUUCUCGGUGUGCCUCGCGACCUGUUUCUAUCAGUGGUCGCGGCUGCAGAAAGGCAUCGUCGGCACGGGCCUCGGCACGUUCGACUUGACGCAGAUCUCGCAGUACGCCCAGAACUGCGAGAAGAUCAUGCACAACAACCCGUCCGGCCUCGACACGUCCAUCUGCACGUUCGGCUCGAUCGUGAAAUUCCAGAAAGGCAGUCUGAUGGAACCCAUGGCCGAAGUGCCGAGCCUGAGGAUCCUGCUGGUCGACACUCGAAUCGAACGGAGCACAAAGGCGUUAGUGCAGAUGAUAGCGGAGCUGAAGUCCAAGUAUCCCGCGAUCGUCAAUCCCCUUUUGUUCUCCAUCGAUGGGAUAUCGCACGCGGCUCUCCAAGUGAUCGAAGCCAUUCACCAUCUCUCCGGCGAGUCUCUUCUCCUAAAAUACAAAGAAUUGGUGUUUCUCAUCAACAUGAAUCAGAACUUACUGUCUACACUGGGAGUGUCGCAUCCGUCAUUGGACAGGAUCUGCGACGAGGCGCGGAAACGCGGACUGGGGGCGAAACUAACAGGCGCCGGCGGCGGUGGACACGCGUAUAUCUUGAUCCCGCCGGACACCGCGCAGGAAACCAUCUCGAGCAUCUCGCAAAAAUUAACAGCGGAAGGCUUCAAGGUCACAAUGACCCAGAUAGGCUGCAGCGGGGUGAAGAUUGAUGAGUAAUAUAAUGACUUUUUAUCACACAUUGGAAAAACGGAGAAAACCCGAUAGUAUUAUACAACGAUAUAUUCUAUAAAUUAUACAAUAUUAUAAGUC